AUGCUGGCCACUAGUGCGAUCGCGAUCUUUCUAAUCGCAUGGAGUGCAAUAUUCCUGAUCGAUUAUGUGCUCCGUGUCGCACAAUUUGAGCCAUAUCUUCAUCUGUGUCAUAGAUAUGGAAUUGAAGUUUCGCCCUUUCAACUUCGAUUCUACGUAACAUCCCCACCAAAAGAGAAUAUUCUUUUAAAUGAAAAGGCCGAUAUUCUAGACGAUGAGAAGAAGAGUGGUUCCGAUUUAUUUUUCGAAGAAUCUAGAAGAUCAAAAUGUCGCAAUUUACUGGUUCGAGUAUGGUUUGCUUGCGGUGUCCUUGCUUCUAUUAUCUGCCUUCUUGGAAUGACUGCAUAUAUGUCUCAUCUGCUGUUGAAAGACGUUGGACAAUGGGUGACCACUACAAGGCCAAAAACUCAAGCAUAUCGAGGAAUGGAGUAUCGUUCAAUGCACGAAGUCCUAACCUCUAUAUCACCUCGAGAAGUUAAAACGACCACCGAGCAGAUGCAAAAUCCUGUUAUCGUGGAGAGUGCGGAAUACGAUAUGAUAGAAGAUGGCCAGAAGUCAUCCUCACGCGGGCUGGUUCCUAUAAUUCCAGGAUUCAAUCUUCCAUGGAGUCAUAUUCCAAUUUUCAUGACUGUUCUUGUAGUUGCUGCUGUUUUCCAUGAGUUGGGACACGCAUGGGCUGCAAUUUCCAACGGAGUGACUGUCAAUGGAUUUGGCAUUUUCAUUCUCGCCGUUUACCCAGGGGCAUUCACAGACAUCGAGCCAGUGACACUGAAAAGAGCGUCGGCAUUUCGACGUCUUCAAAUAUUUGGAGCUGGAAUAUGGCAUAAUCUUCUUCUUGCCCUUCUUGCAUUGACAGUGUUCCAUUUAACUCCUAUUAUUCUUUCUCCAAUUCUAACCCAAGGAAAUGGAGUGUCUGUCAAAGCGAUCGAUGCGAGGUCUGGGCUUUCAAAUCCGAAAACUGGUCUAGUUUCUGGUAACAUCGUCAAAAGUAUCGACGAAUGCGAUGUGGAAACUGUGGCCGAUUGGUGGAGGUGCAUCCGAGCUUCGAAGAAUAUGCAUAACGGUCGAUGUGUGGAUAAAGAAGCUGUCGAAGCAGCAACCGCAUUCAAUCAUCGAACAGAAGCUGACGAGAUUCUUUGUUGUGACGAAUUCAAUGUAACUACUGCACAUGUAUGUUUCGAAAGAGAAGAGAAGGUCCCGAAGGGAGUAGAAACUCAAACAAGAGCGCCUCAACUGAAUGCUCUUCUUGGAUUAGAAGGACAUGAUGAUACUCCAUAUGGGGCGGCAGGAACGGGGCAGGUCGAGGAUAAAACAAUAACGAAAUACAGUUGUCUGCAUGCAAGGCACGUCGUCGAGCAAGCCGUUUGCAAUGUGAGCGAACCGUGCAAAAAAGAAGAAGCUGAUCGAGAGAAAGUCUGCGUAUAUCCAGCGCUUCAUAAUGGAACUCGUCUUGUGAAAAUCGAGUUGGGUAAUCGAGCCAAACCAAUUCUUUUCGUGGGACAACUCAAUGAGAUGCUCCAGAUGGUUUCAAUUUCCCCAUGGACUCCUCGCUUCUCAUUCGUCCAGAUUUCAUGGUUGGAACAUUUCGAGCUGGCUGUCAAGUAUAUGUUCACACUUUCCCUGGCUCUUGGUCUAUUCAAUGCAAUGCCUGUGUAUGGAUUAGAUGGACAAUUCAUAGUCCGCACAUUGCUGAAAAGUUCUGGAUUCAGUGUGAAACGCCGUGAGCUCAUCCAAUAUAUCGUUCUCACCUUCGGAACUGCUGUCCUCAUUCUCAACGUUCUAAUCGGUUUCAUUAAAUUAGUCAUAAACUAG